AGCUGCGCGGAGCAGGACCUCCGAGGAGAAAACGGAGAGUGAACCGGGACGCUGUAUCAUUUCUCGGGUCCGGUUUCUGUCAGUUUUUGGUUUUGACAGCAGUUUUUAGUUGCUCUGUUCGCGUCGUCUGGACCGAGUAAAACCCGAGCUGACAGACACAAAAAUGGAGAUAGAGAAGGAAGUGAAGAAGAUGACCCUGGGCCAUGAGUUUGGCGCUGGAGCGGCCUGUUUGAAAUGCAAGGACAAGUGUGAAGGCUUCGAGCUGCAUUUCUGGAGAAAAAUCUGCCGAAACUGUAAAUGUGGUCUCACAGAGCACAAUGUGCAGAUGAACUCGGAGGAGAACAAGAAGGUAGGCAAGCUGUUCGAGGACACCAAGUACACUGGCCUCAUCGCCAAGCUCAAGACAGAUGGCAUCCCCAGCUACAAGGGCAACAUGAUGACCAUAGCCAAUGUGGUACCAGUCCCCAAAGAUGUGCCAAUGAAGUCUGUCACCUAUGAGUGGGCACCGCCAGUAGCCAAUAAGUAUCUGGCGGUGCGUUACAUUGAGCUGCUCCCGCCAGAGAAACGUCCGGUGGCCGGUACAGAGGGAGCUGCUUACCGUCGGCAGCAGAUGGCCCGCCAGCUGCCCGAGCAUGACCAGGACCCGUCCAUGUGCCACGAGCUGACCCCGGCAGAGGUCAAGCAAAUGCAGCAGUACGUCCGCAAGUACAAGGACGAGGCCUUGGGGGUUGGAGAUGUCAUGCUGCCCGAAGAGAUGGCUCUGGUUCAGGCCGGAAGGCAGGGUGGAGCUGGGGAAGGGGCUGGAGGUGCACCGGGUGCUGGAGGGGCAGGGUUUGGUACACCUGGAGCUGCUGCUGGUGGAGCUGGAGGGGCUGGGUUUAGACCAGGGGUUGGUGGUGCUGGUGGUGGAGCUGGUGGUGGAGCUGGUUCUGGGCCAGGGGGUGCAGGUCUUGGUGUUGGGCCUAUGGUCGGAGGUGGAGCUGGUUCUGGCUUUGGACCUGGAGCUGGAGCUGGUUCUGGCUUUGGACCUGGAGCUGGAGCUGGAGCUGGAGCUGGAGCUGGUGGUGCUGGAACACUUUCAGGUCCAGGUGUUGGACCAUCCGACCAUGGAGGAGCCAUGGGUACUACUGCCACUGCUGGAGCCAUGGGCGUCCCUGGAGCUCAGCAAGCUGGACUGCCACAGCAGAGCUUUUCGUGCCAUCACUGCCAGCAGCCGAUGCGUCUGGGCGAGCCUGCCGUCUACGCCGAGCGGGCCGGCUAUGACAAGCUGUGGCACCCAGCAUGCUUCGUGUGUUGCACCUGCAGCGAGUUGCUGGUGGACAUGAUCUACUUCUUCAAGAAAGGCAAGCUGUACUGCGGACGCCACUACGGAGACAGUGAGAAGCCACGCUGCGGAGGCUGUGAUGAGCUGAUCUUCAGUAAUGAGUACACUCAGGCUGAGGGCCAGAACUGGCAUCUGAAGCACUUCUGCUGCUUUGACUGUGACUGCAUUCUUGCCGGAGAGACGUAUGUCAUGGAGAAGGACAAGCCUGUCUGCAAGCCCUGCUACAUGAAGAACUACGCUGUGAAAUGCUCAGCCUGCCAGAAUGCGGUGGAGCCCGAGGCCCAGAGGGUUUCCUAUGGAGAGAACCACUGGCACGCCGAGCCGCAGUGCUUCAAGUGCUCCGGAUGCUCCAAGUGCCUGAUCGGCCAGCGCUUCAUGGCGAUGCAGGGCUUCCUCUUCUGCUCUGCGGAGUGCAAAAAGAAAACCAUGGCUUAGACGGCCAAAACAACUCCUCCAUCUUCUGCACAACCACUUGUGAAACCAGGACGGAUUGAGAUUAGACUAGAACCAGAGCAGGGAAAACAAACACUGGUGCAGCUGGAUGAGGGCAGAGAAAACAAAAACCUAGUGCCUGAUACCUCUAAUAACUUUAACUUUAAAGUUAGUUAGAGAUGUACAAUAAUAUUACCAUUUGCAUUAGGGUGCUCUUUUCUUUCUGUCAAUGGGGGACCACAGUAUAAAUCUGUCUCAACUAGUCGCCUGAACUUCUACCUUUCAGUCUGUCCUCUGCCUUAAAAUCAGCCUUCUUUAAACAACGGUUUUCUUUUUUUUUUUACUGAUGAGAUUAGUUUUGUAUUGGUUCAAUGUGGCAGUCCAGUUUUUUUGCCUUAAACCUGUGUCUGUUUAACGGUACUGGCGCCUUUGUACCCCAAAGAAGUGUUACUAUUGAUUUAUCAUGCCACCUUCAACUGCUUCCUUGAUACUAAAAACUACUGAUACUCACUGUCCUCUAUGCAGCAAUAUGAUGAGCAAUAUUAGCCAGGUUUGGGGUUGAUCUGCUUUCAGUGCACUGUAUUCCAGAUCAAACUGAAAUCAAAUAAUUAUAUUAUUCUCAGUCAAAUGAUUAUGCAGCAGUUCUUUUUUUCUUUGAUUGACAGUAAGAAUUUCAACUUCCUGAAUUUAUAUAUUGUAGUAUUUUCAUUGUAUUUUUAGGGCAACGAAACAAUGUGAAAACUUUGCAGUAUACACCACCAGUUACCAGUUUAUGAGGUACACCUGUACAAACUAUUACUAUCAUCCUCCUUGUGUAUGUUAAUGUGGAUAAAUAACGUGAACAAAGAAUGUGGAUUGAUGCAAGGAUUUUGGAUUGCAUUAGCGUUUAUCUAAUGAACUGAUAACGCUGCACUUAAAUCCAGUACAAUCACACCACUAACCAUAUCCUAAGAAAAUGCUUUAGAAUUGAUUAAACAACUCUCCGAUGCAGUCUCAACAUGAUCUUCACAAAUAUUAAGCUACUGUAUUAGAUUUUGCAGAUUGUUCAUUAUUUAUAAAAAAAAAAAAAAAAUUAAGAACCACUGAAUAAAAUUCUUUUUUGCAUAUCCAUUAGUGGUCUUUCAUCUUCGUUCCACAUAAAAAUACUAGAUUUAAGUAAAUGAUGAUUAUUUUAUAUCAUUUGGUAUAAAUAAAAGGGAUGCAGGAACAAUGUAUUCUACCUCCACAUUUACUGGCAGAGAAGUUAACAUGUUUUUAUCCUGGAGUCUACUUGGAUCAUCAGCUGGGCUCCUGAUGGAGGUGAACACUGUAAGGUUGUUGCAGAGUGAAUGAAUGAUGGCAGGUUUGCUGCAGUACUCAAGGACUUAAUGAAUUCAGGAAAAAAAAACACUGGGAAUUGCUUCACACACAAUGUUUUGUGUCACUCUAUUUUUGUUCUUUU